ACUUAUAUCUCUUAUUUUCAUGUAUUCCAACACUAAUAUAAUCUAAGUCACUUUCACUGCUUCUUCACCUCCUCAUUCUUUCCUCAACACUUCUCCACUGUGACUAUAAUUGCAUCAAAAUCCAACACAGCACACGUCAAAGCUCUCUCCUAGACCAGUCACUGCUGAUGGCUCCACCUGCUAGAUCCUAUCCUCUACAUGGACUCAAACUUUCAAUCACUGUGCUUUUCAUCUUUUUCGUCUCCCUUCUACCUUCCAAAUCUGGUGGAUCGCUGACGUUGGACCCAAGAAAGGGUUUGGAGCAAAGUAAAAUGGUAAUAGGGUCAAAGCCUCCUGCUUGUGUGAACAAGUGCAAGAGUUGCAGGCCUUGCAUGGCUACUCUGGUAGCUCCAAACCACCAGAAGAGGAAGAAGGGUUUCAGAGUUUUUUCUCGUGGGGAUGAUGAUGAUACUUAUUAUCUUCUUUCAUGGAAAUGCAAAUGUGGUGAUAAAUUGUUUCAACCAUAGAAUUAUUCAUCUUAGUACUGUUAAUUAGUUUUUUACCAUUGACUUCUGUAUAUGUAACCAGAAAAAAGGCAAAAAAGAUCAGAGAAUCCAUCUUCUGCUAGAGCCUCUUUUUGGCUAUCUGUCAUUUAGAUCUUGAAAAUUAUUGGAGCUGCCAGUU